AUGCUUACUUUAUUAGAAGAUUUACCAAAUGAAUUAAUAAUAGAAAUAUUUGGUUAUACAAAAAUUUGUGAUUUAUCAUGUGGUUUUUGGAAUUUAAAUCAACGUUUUAAUCAACUUAUUCGUUCACUUAGAUAUUUAUCUUUAAUUUUAACAAAAAAUCAAACAUAUGAAAAUAUGUUAUUAUAUGAACAAAUUACUCGUAUUGUUAUUGUUACAUUAGAAAAUAUUAAUUUAUAUUCAUUUAUUAAUUUACGUUCAUUAAUAUUAAAUUUAGCAACUGAAAAUCAUUUAAAACAAAUUCAAUCUAAUAUUUUACCGAAUCUUGUUUAUCUUGCAUUACCUCUUUCAUUUGAUAAAAAAUCCACAAUACAAUUAGCAUCUGAAGUCUUCUCAAAUCGAUUCACAUCUCUUCGUUUUGCUGAUCUAGGUAUAAUUGAUAUGCCAAGUAAUUUAACAUGGUCACAAUCACCAUCUCUUCGCUCAAUUCGUAUUUUUUCUCCUAAUAUAAAUAUAAUUCCUUUAAUUCUUCAAUCAUGUACUCAAUUAAUUCAUUUUCAAGUACGUAUUACAGAUGAAAAUCCUUUAGAUGUAUCUUCUUUACCAGUAAUAUUAAAUCAUCCAUUAAAAAAAUUAAUUUUUUUACAAUCUCAAAAUUCAACAUAUGUUUAUGAUAUUACAAAUAUAAUAUAUUUAAUCCCAAAUAUAAAAUGUAUAGAUUUAAGAUUAUGUACAAGAUCAUUUAUUGAUUUAAUAAAAUUAAUAUCAAUAUAUUUAAUUGAUUUAAAAAAUUUUGAUUGUCAUAUUAUUGAAUUUCCAAAUAAAGAUGAAAAUAUUGAUAUUAAUAUAAUAAGAAAUAUUCAUCCAUGUUAUUCUGGUAUUCAAUGUACAUUAAGAGAAGAUUGUUUUUGUUUAUAUACAUCAAAAAAAAUCAAGAAUAAUAAAUAA